UGUGCGAACCGGAGGGCGGAAACUUUGGAAGAAGAAGAAGAAGAAGGAAAGAAGCGAGCGGGCCCGAGGGGAGAGUCGGUGGGAUUUCUUGCGCCGGUGGAAAAACUCAGCGGGAGAACUGAAGCGAAGGCAACCCGAAGUGAAGGGAGGGAGGAGAGAAAAAAAACUGGCGGGAGAAGAGAAAAGGCGUGUAAGAAACGGCGAAGCACCGAAUAGAGGAGCCGGCGGGCAGGCGAAUCCCACCACAGCGGCUCUUCGUCGCUUCCCACGCGAGUCAAGUGAGCUGGUGGCGCGCCGGUUCGGGCGAAAAUGGAGCUUCUCGCGAAACCCUUUGGCUGCGUGGUGGUGCUGGUCUUGUCUCUCGGGGGCUGCCUCAGCCAGGUCUCCCCCUACUCGGGUCCGGGUCGUUCGGGCGCCAGAAAUAAAAACUGGUGUGCCUAUGUAGUGAAUAAGAAUGUGACCUGCUCUGUGCUGGAUGGCACAGAAAGCUUUGUUCAAGUUCAAUAUGUAUGUCUUUGGAACCAAGAACCCUGCCCACAUGCUCCCAUGUAUCGAACAAGUUUGAGGCCUAAAUAUAUUUUAACAUACAAGAUGGUAACCGAAUUAGAGUGGAGAUGUUGUCCUGGAUACAUGGGUGUAGAUUGCAAAGAGGCUGUAGCUGAAAAGCCAAGAUCAAUAGCUUACCCAGCAGAACUUCCACCCAAUGAUAUGAAGCCAAGCUUGGAUUCUAGACCAAAGCAAAAACAAGAAGAUUCACAAGAUAAGAAAAUACAGUUUCUGGAGGAUGAAUUAUUCCGGCUUACGCAGACUGUGCUAGAACUUCAGUCUGUUAUAAGCAAUGUGGAUAAAAAUCCAAAAAUUACUGUGCAAGAAGAUGCAAGUCAGAGAGUAUUAUCUUGGUUGAACAACCUUCAUGACCAUCCAGGGUUGGACAGUACUUUGGAAGAAAAAACAGAGAAUACAUAUCCAUUGAAUACUAAUGACUCAUACAAAUCUGGAACAGAAAGACUAACAUCUGAAGAAGAUGAAAUAGAGGAUGGCCUGACAGCCAAAAUUAAUAGGUUGGAACAACUGAAUGGGAAAGUAAAUGACUAUGAAGGGCAAUUAAAGCAGCUCCAAGAAGCAGCCCAAGGACCAACAAUAACAAUGCCCAACAGUCAAUUGUAUCAGGAAUAUAUAGAUGCUAAAUUUGAAGCCCUGAGACAGGAAGUGUUGGAAGGAUUUGAGAAGAAAAUGGCAGAUCUGAAAAGUUCCUGCGAAUAUAAGCUGACAGGUAUUCAACAAUACUGUGAUGACCAUGAGGCCAAUUUCUUAGGACUUAGAGAAUCUGUUGCAGAAAAAGAAAAUGACCUAAAAAAACAAAUUCAAAAUCUACAGAAUGUUAUCAAAUUACCAUUAAACUACUCAUGUUGCAGUGAUGACAUUAGAGAACAGAUGAACACUUUGGAUAAAAAGAUAGAGAAAAUUGCAGAAGCAAAUAAAAUUUUAAAUGCCAGGAUAGAUAAUGAAAUAAAACAUAUUUCGACUCCAUAUUCAGAAGACAACUUUGAUGAAAAAUGGGAGGAAAUAGAAGCAAGGAUGAAUGUUACAGAGAAAAAUGCUGAAGAACAUUGCUUUUACAUUGAGGAAACGCUUCGUAAUGUUAUAGCUACUAAAGUAGAUGAAGUAAGGAACUUAUUUGAGAAAAAGUUCCAAGCAAUAGAAAGCAGACUAGGUUCUACUAUUCUUGAUAUUGCUAAUGUUACCAGUCCAGAUGAUAUAUAUACUACUCGAGGAUCAACACUGCAGAACAACUCAGAAUCUGAAAAUAAGCACAUUGUAUUGGAGAUUAAUCUUAUGAAGAAAAAAUUACAACACACUGAAGAUGUUUGCCAAUCUUUAUCACAGUUUUUGGAAAGUCUUCAGAAAGGAAUAGAAAACACUAACAGUAAAUAUGAUCAUUUAUUUCUGAAAACAAAAGACAAUUCUGAUAUUUUAAAAUCUUUCAAUAGUUCUUUGAGUGAAAAGUUCAAUUUAAUUAAAGGCACUCAGCGUGACAUUCAUAAACUUCAUAAGGAUCUGAGAAUAGUUCGGUUUGGUCUGAAUGCUAUUGAUAAAGAUGUAAAACUCCUUCAGAAUGGCUUAAACGGCUGUAAAGAACAACUUUUAGGUAUUAAUUCUACAUGUGGGAAGACACAGCUUGAGUUACUCAGAAAAACAGAUGAAAUACAGAAAAUGAUGAACAAUCAAACAAUGCACCAAAACAAUAAUUGUUGCAAUCACUUAAACAAAAAGAUAAAUCAACUGAAUGGGGAAGAAUUAUUUAACUUGACCAAAUGUAAGGAUAAAAUACCUGGCAUCUCAGACUUGGAAGAUAAAGUAUCAAAUGUUGAGAAAACUUGCAAUAAACUAGAUUCUGUCUCUAGCAGCCUUCAAAGGAUAAAGGAGGGAUUAAACAGACACAUCUCCAGUCUUUGGAACUGUUUCAAUCAGAUGAACACAACUGUAACAUCCCAUUCAAAAGAUAUUUUUAGCCUCAAAAAUUUUACCCAGCAGUUCAAUAGCCAGUUUCACAAAUUUGCCACUGAUCGUCAGGACCCGAAGAAAAUUCAGCCUUCUAUAUAUGAAAAACCAUCAGUGCCGUUAGCAAAGGAACAGCAAGGAGAAAUUCCUCAGAUACAUUCAGAUCCAACAAAACCAUUACAGUCAUCUCAGCCAGGCAAAUUUCCAGUGCCAUCACAAUCAAGGAUUCCUGUACAGUCACAAACAGAGGUAUAUCUGCAGCUAUCACAACCCCAAUCAGUACAAAUUCCAGAAUUAAGAAUACCUCUGCAGCCAUCACGUCCACAAAUAAUUAUACAGCCCCCAUUGCAAGGAAUACCUCUUCAGUCAUCAGAUUCCAGAAUCCCAAUGCAGCCAUCAAAACCAGGAUUGUCUUCUUUGCCUGGAUCAAAUGGGUUAUUGAUGGAAGCUGGACAGGCAGGCCCUCCUGGUACUCUUCUAAGAUCAAGAAAAGGACUGCCAAAAAGAAUAAAUGGGCAGGACGGCCAGAAUAACAUGCUUAUAUCUGAAGGAUACGCAGGGGCACCAGGUUAUCCAAACCCGCUCAAAACGCCACCUCCACAAGUAGGGGCUUUUACUUCUUUGGUGUCCUUCUCUGCUGGCCUCACAAAGAAGCCUUUCCCCGAAGAUGUGGGUGUGAUUCAUUUUAACAAAGUCCUUGUAAAUGAUGGAAAUUAUUAUAACCCUAACACAGGUUUCUUUACAUCUCCAUAUGAAGGUCGUUACCUAAUCACAGCCGUUCUAGUUCCUGAGAGAGGUGAAUAUAUUGAAGCAAUGCUGUCAGUCUCCAAUUCAAGUGUUACUCAACUUAACACAGCUGGCUAUAAGAAAGACCUACCUGAAUAUCGCAAGCCAAGAUCAGGGAAACGGAUUUGUGGUGGAACUGGGGCUUUUCAGCUUGUUCUCCAUCUCAAAACAGGUGCAGAAGUAGGCAUUGUGGUUACUGGGGGCAAGCUAGCUUAUACAGACUCUGAUGAAAUGUAUUCCACAUUCAGCGGAGUAUUUCUGUACCCUGAAAUUUCUCAGACCUGAGCAGAAAAUAGAACCUGAAUUAAAUAUCUAGAAAUUCAACCUGAAGAAAUAACAAAUUGAGAAACAUUAAUGUUGCUUUUUUCUAUUUUUCUCCAUUUCAAUAAUUUGGCUUAAGUGCAGCCCUUAUCUAUGUUUCUUCUCCUAUUUACCUUUUAUUUAUAGAGUAUGGUUAUUUAUGUAUAGACCCAAUUUGGUGUAAUUAAGGCAUCCAGCUAACAACCAGGAGACCAUGAGUUCUAGUCCUUCCUUAGACACAAAGCCAGCUGGAUGACCUUGGGCCAGUUACUUUCUCAAUCCUAGGAAGGAGGAAAUAGCAAACCACUUCUGAAAAAUCUUGCCAAGAAAACUGCAGGGACUUGUCCAGACAGUCUCUGAGAACUGGACACAACUGAAUGUAAGAAAAGAUAUAUGCAGACCAAGACAAGCUAUGGUUGCAUUAUAAAAUGUUCAAAAUACAUGUUUUGCAACAUUUGUGAAUAUCAGAGAGCUAUGAUGAUAAUAUAAUGGGACUUUAUUUAGAUUUCUAUAUACAUUAUUCUUAUGAAACAAUAUAUUUGAUAUCUUUUUAUUGUCUCAAUCAACUCAUUCAUUCUUUUUAUUACCUUCCUUUAGCUGUUGGGAGUUCACACUAGUAGUGUUGAUCACAGGGAUAUUUUGCAUGUUAAAAGGUACUUCAUUCCCAGAUUUCAUGACACUUGAUUAUCUCACAAAAUCUGAAAAUCUAAUGAAGAGGCAUCCAUCACUGUGUUCUAAAAUUAAAAGUGGUUGAGAUUUUGAGUGAUAGCCACAUUUCAUGAAAUCUUUAUGUAUGCACCUGAACUAGCAUGAAGGUUUGAUUAUUUGCAUAUUAAAAAUUAUGAGCAUUCUGUUCCUUGAAGGCUGCUUAUCUCAUUCAAGGAUGGGAACUUUAUUUCUGUUCCAAGGACAACACUUCAUCUUGGGUAAUUUGUCAUGGUCCAUCGGCCAAUGCUGAACACUGUAAGAGCUAGAACUGCACAAGGCUGUCUUUUUUUUCUACCUCUUAUCUCGUUUUUAAUGUAUUUUGUCAGAAAGUGAACAGAAUACUUCCAGAUGGCUUUUAAAAUUCAGCUUACACCUAUUUUUCUAUUCUUGAGUUAGCUGUUGAGAUCAUUGCAACAACUAUGUAAUGAGUCUUAUUGUCCCUCAUGCGAGGCUAAAAUUGAGAAGUUGGCAUGCAUGACUGCAUAAGUCAUACAAUUUGCAAAUUAUAGUUUAUAGCUUUGUAAUGUGAAAAUCGCCAUUAGUCAUGGCAUAUGGUUUAGUAGCUUGUCUGACUCUGGUCAAUUAUGUCUUAUUUAACACACAACAUUAAAUAAAGCAACACAAUUUUGAAUCUAGCAUGUUUAUUGCCUAUAUCUAGCGUAACACAAGAAAGAAUAAAAUUCAUUCAUAGCUUUAUCAUCUCUAUAAUACUGUUAUUUUCUACAGAAUUAUUUUAAUUUUUUCAAAAUUUCAUUUCCUUCUAUUAGUUUUCUACAAAUUCUACAUUACCUGAAUCCAUUUUUUUAAAAAAAAACAUAUCCAAUAUUUGCACCAGCUUCUACAAUUAUUAUAAUAAAUAUUUUCUUUUUUCCAGGACUUCUUUAAUGUUUUAUUAAUUUACAAGUUCACAAGAGAACACAAAACUCUAUUAUUCAUUCAUAUGACUUAUUUUUAGAGCAGACUAUGGUAAUAGCAGCCGGCCAAAUAACACUUUUCUUCUUCUAUUUUGUAAAUUAAAAAUGAUGCUAAGAGCUAGAUUUAUUAGUAUUUCUCAUUAAUCUUCUCUCUUGAGAUCUCAGAAAUAGUUAUGUCUUUCAUUGUUCCAUGAGCCAUCCCUGAAGAGUUGUUUCUAAGCAACAUAAAGCAAACUUCCUCCUGAAAGAUGAGCUCAUUUUAACCUGAUACAUAUGUAGAAAACUGUUUUCUAUCUUCAAACUAGAAGCAUUGUUUUUUUCAAAAUUUUAUGAAAACAUGUAAGAAAUUGUAAAUCGUUUUUAACAGUUCACUCAAGUGAAGCAAAAUUAUCACCACCCCAUAAGUGUAUUGCUUUCUGUUUUACCAUUUCACCUGUAUCUAUUUGAAUGCAAAGCUGGUAAUUUUAAUUUAUAAAAAAAUAAACUAUUCAGAUUUAUUGAAAAAUAACACAA